CAACGCCGACCGCGCCAAGGUCGUGGGACAAAGGCCAUAUCACGACAAGCACCCCCUUCGUUCGUCCCGCCACGGCCCGCAGCAUUGUCGCGACCCCGCCGUUCCUUCACCACUGCGGCUAGGACACCGACAGUCGUUCACCGAUGAACAGCUCAUAGCACCGUCGCCGCGAAGGAGCCGUGAACCCGUGAACCCACCCUUCUGGAAGCCGUCAACCUGCCUCGCAGUAAUCCACCAUGGCGGCCCCUAGCAUCAAGAUUGGUCAGCUCAUCGAGCUCAACGAUAAGCGUGUUGGUUACAUCCGUUUCAUAGGCGACACCCAAUUCGCACCUGGACUAUGGAUUGGUGUGGAAUUCGAUGGACCGGACGGCAAGAACGACGGAUCGGUGAUGGGAGAGAGAUACUUCGAUUGUGAGCCCGAUCAUGGCAUGUUCCUCCGUGAAGGUGGCAUUUCGCGCAUUCUGGAGGAGCCGAAGCCGCCAGCAAGGGCACCAAGGCCAGCGCCAGCAAGAGCGCGGACGGCUGGCUCAGUAGACCAAGGGAGGCCGAGACCGAGCAGUAUGACUGCCGAAGCAACGACGAGGCCGAGGGCCGGGACGAGGCCAAGCAGCUUGACAAUGGACGCCAGGAGUCCAGCGCCUGGGUCGAAGAUAGGAUCACCCACAAAGCGCCCCGCGUCCGGAAGCAUCUCUAGACCUCCACGUCCGAGUGUAAGUGGAGGGGCAGCCUCAACAACCACAGCACCAAACAGACGUAUUUCAAAUGUCGCUUCAUCCACAUCAACGUCAUCGAAGUCGACGCCGUCUCCUGCAUCGUCAGCAGCCGCGAAAGGACAUGUUCCCCGGCCUUCUUUAGGCGGCGCUCGUGUAGGUUUGGCUAGAGCAGGCAGUAGCGAUAACAGCACUACAACUGCAGCGAAGAGUCGGCCAUCCUUGUCAAGUGGAGCAGGCCCUGCGAAGCGGCCGAGCCCACCAGGUGCAGGUAGCCGUACGUCUUCAUCGCCAACUGUGGCCCCCGCGGCUCCCUCGAACGCACAACGUGCUGUAAGCGCUUCGGUCACCCAAAAAGACCAAGAGAUACAGGAACUACAGACAAGACUACGGCUAGUGGAGCAAAAACGGAAUGAGGAUCGAGAAAAAAUAAAGGCUUUAACCGGCGUUCAGGAAGAGAAAGACAAGUUCGAAGCAAUCAUUCAAAAAUUGCAAGUCAAGAUUCAGCCGCUUUCUCAAGAGAACAACAAACUCCAGAAACAGCUGAAAGAUGCUGAGAAGGCCCUUGAGCAGAUCGAGGCCGUGCAAGCCGAACAUGAUUCAAUCAUGGAAAUGGCGACGCUUGACCGCGAAAUGGCCGAAGAACAAACUGAGGCCUACAAGGCGGACCUUGAAGCUACCAAGGGGAGACUUGAGGAACUGGAGCUGGAGAAUGAGAUUCUGAAGGCUGAAAACCAGGAACUGGGCCAAGAAACGAACCAAGAGGAACGGACAAGCGUUUCUUGGCUGCAUAUGGAACGGGAGAACGAAAGAUUGCGCGAGGCACUUCUGCGACUCCGAGAAAUCACCCAGGCGCAGGAAGAGGAACUUCAAGACCAGUUACAGAGCUUGGAGCAAGAUGUUCAAGAACUCUCAGGUGCUAAGGAGCAACUCGACGACAUCAAGGUGAAAUACGCCGAUGCAGAGGCACACAUCGAAGAUCUUCGUCAACAGCUCGACACGGCCCUUGGAGCAGAAGAUAUGAUUGAGGAGCUUACUGAGAAGAACCUCCAUUUGAAUGACUACAUUGAAAAAUUGGUCGUCGCCAACGAAGAGCUCGAGACACUCAAGGAGCUCAACGAUGAACUCGAAGUCAACCAUGUCGAAAACGCCAAACAACUUCAGGAGCAGCUUGAUUUCAAGGACUCUCUUAUCGCGGAGUAUGGUCGCCGGGCCAUGCAGCAAGAUGAGUCUAUUUCGGAUCAAGAAUAUACCAUCAUGCGCUUCCGCGAGUUGGUUAUCAGCCUCCAGUCUGAGAUGGAAGACAUGCGGGCUUCGAAGGAGAUUAGCGAGACGGAAGCAAAUGAACUGAACAGCCGAUCGAGGGUGAUGAUGGACUUGAACAGGCAGUUGCAGGUCUCUGCGACGAACACCAAGGUCAAGACCAUCGACAUGGAACUUCGUAAGCUUGAGGCUCAAGAAGCUGCCGAGCACCUGUCUAUUGUUCAGCUGUUCCUUCCUGAAGCCUUCCACUCGGAGAGAGAAUCUGUUCUCGCGUUGCUGCGCUUCAAGAGGAUCACGUUCAAGGCUCAGCUGUUGGCUAGCUUCAUUAGAACCAAGGUCAACACCGAGUCUUCCAGCGGCGAUGAGGAGAUUUUCGAAGCGUGCGAUGUUCUCGACAAGCUUGUCUGGGUCUCGGCCAUGUGCGAUAGGUUUGUCAACACCAUCUCCGGCUGUUCGCUGGAUCGCUUUGCGAAGUUUGAAGGCACCCUGUACGAGCUUGAACCUGUUGAGCGUGCGCUCAAUGGGUACAUUGAGGGCUUGAAGAGGGAUGAGCUUAAGGAGAGGCAGGUCGCUGAGGAGCUGCACCGGUCUAUCGCUGUCAUGUCUCACUUGGCUGAGACUCACCUUGAAGACAGAGUCGAAAACUAUGCGGACCACAUUAUCAUGCGCACUUUGGUCAUGCAGAGUCAUCUGGAAACUACCGCCGCUGCUCUUUCGCUCGUCAAGGCGGAUGUGCAAGCACGUAUCCCCGCCUCUGCCGACGAAGAGGAUGACAGCGUGGAGCGUUUCACUCAGAAGUCCGAGAUUAUGAUCGCACAGUCUCGCAGCGCCAAGGUGGUCAUUGGAAAGACUUUGCGUGCCAUUAACGACUUGAAGUCGAGGUACCUCACGUUGCAGAGCGAAACGUUCCAGGCCUUUGAAGAAUGCGAGGAUCUGGCGGAAGAGCUCUCCCGCUAUGGACGUGCGCUUGGCGAAAACCUUUACCAGCUCAUGCACCAAGAGGAGCGUACGGAGCCUGUCAACAUCAGCGAAGUUCGCACCACGAUGUUCAAGACUGCCGAGAUUGUCUUCCAAACCUUGGAGUCUGAUCUCUACACCACCUUUGACGCCAAGCUCCGCCAACUCAACGAGAAGCUUGGUGACCUUAACAACCUCACCUAUGACCUCGACGUCACGGUGGAGUUUGACCGCACGACGGCGCCCUGGGUUCUGCGUUCCAAGGAGCUGCAGGACAGCAAGAUCGUGUCCAUCGACACCGAAGAGGAAGUCAGGCGGCUCAAGGAGGACAUCCACGAGCGCGCCACGCAGCUCAAGCUCCAAGAGCAGCGCUACGAGGAAGCCACGGUCAAGAUCGAGCUGCUCGAGUCGCGCACGCGCGACGCCAGCAAGAAGGCCGAGCGCAUCAAGGAGCUGGAGACGAAGAUGGAAGACGCCAAGGCACGCGAGAAGCAGCUCGCCGAAGCGCUGGAGACGCAAGUGCGCGACCUCGCGGCGCUGGAGACGGAGAAGGAGAAGUACAAGACGGAGGCGGAGCAGGCGAAGGCGGCCGAGGCGGCGAGCGGGCCGGGCCGCAAGGGCGAAGUGGGCGAAAAGACGGUGGCGACGAAGCGCGAGAUCGACGCCCUGCGCACCGACAUCCGCUACCUGGAGGCGGCGAACCGGUACCUGCGGAACGCAAACAAACGCGAGCUAGUGACGAAGGUGGCGGCGGCGAAUUCGUGGCUGCAAGCGCCUUUGGCUCCUACAGCCUUCUCCAAGGCCAGCGGCAGCCGGCAAGCCGACAUUGGCAAAGACAACAACAACGCCAACGACGGCAGCAACGCGGCCUUUGCGGCAGCGGCGGCGGCCGCCGCAGUGGCAGCCAACGAGGCCCAGCAGCAACAGCACUACCAGCCGGGCGGGGCGCUGUCGAAGCAACGCCUGGCGCUGCAGGAGCUGACGCGGCUGCCUUCGACGGCGAAGCUGGUGGACCUGCGCGAGCAGGAGGGCCAGGACAAGCUGAAGUGGCGGCCGCUGAAGAGCACGCCGCAGUGGCAGCUGAGCGUGCAGGAGGUGCGUAAGGAGCGCGCGUGGGAGCUGUUCGGCCUGCGCAGCAAGGGCGUCGCGCUCUUGGAUGACGGGCUCUUUGAGAGCGUGGCUGCUGCUGCGGCGGCUGCGGGGGGCGCCGAGCCAAUGACGCUGUGGGGUAUGAGCACGUUUGCGGGGAGGGAUGUUGGCGUUGUUGGGUAGGGUGUGGUAGGGUAAGGUAGGUGAGGGGAGGCGUGUGUCCGUGUGGAGGGUGAUUGGUUGGGCAAGGCGAGAUGUGUGCUGUGUACGAGGGGGAUUUGAGUGUGUUUUGAUUGUUUUGAUUGUGUUUGACUGAUGGAUGGACUGAUUCAUUGACGGGACGAAUUGUUAUGUAUGUACAUAGCGCAUGGCUUUGACGACGAUGGACCGACUGACCUACGCUUUUUUUUUAAGACCGAGUAUGUAGCUGGGCCAGAAAAGCGAGCGGCCGAGACUGACUGCUGGGCGCGCUCGUUGAGAUACCCGAAUCGAUGAUUCUACGCGCGGG